UUUAAGAUUUGUUUAUUUAUUUUCUAAAAGGAGAUUUUUUUUUAAAGAAAAAAGAAAAACUAAAAUUAAGAUUUGGAGGAAAAUUCAGUUGCGCAUUGAAUCCGAAUCCGAAUCCAAAUCAAAAUCGAAAUGGAAAACAAUUUGCCCGCUAAUCUCGCAUCCACCCUCAUCAUUUUCUCCUAAAAGAAUUGAACUCUUUUUCACUUUCCCAUGUCCAAACAACAGAAACUUGCACCCUUAAACAUCAUUUCCAGCUAAAGCCCCUACAACGCACACAUACUCAUGUCUCUCUUCUUCGUCUCCUUCUUUCUUUUCUUCUCCUCUUCCCUUUCUUUCCCUUAUGAUAUUUCGUACUACAUAGAUUGCGGCGGUCCCACUAACACCACCGAUCCUUUCAACACCACCUGGCUCUCCGACCGUUUCUUCACCGGCGGCUCCACCUCCGUCGUCUCUGAGCCACUCCACUUCCGUUUCCCUCAAGAGAAAAACCUCCGUUACUUCCCUCUCUCCUCCGGCAAAAAGAACUGCUACAUUCUCCCCCUCCCCAACGGCCGUUACUACAUCCGUACUUUCACCGUUUACGACAACUACGACGGCAAAUUGCACUCUCCUAGCUUCGACGUCUCCGUCGAAGGCACUCUCGUCUUCUCCUGGCGCUCUCCCUGGUCCGAGAAUCUCGCUCGCGACGGCGCUUACUCCGAUCUUUUCACCUUCAUCGACGACGGUGAAGCAGAUAUUUGUUUCUACAGCAUUGCUACUGACCCUCCCGUUAUUGGAUCGUUAGAAAUCCGUCAAGUGGAUCCGGCGUCGUAUGACUCUAUAACAGUCGGAAACAAUUCUAUUCUCGUGAAUUAUGGACGGUUAUCUUGUGGUUCUGUUCAGUGGGGCCCAGGGUUUAGUAACGACACCGAUAAUUUCGGAAGGUCAUGGCAAUCCGACUUAGAAUUCCGAACUCCAACAACAACAAAAACGAUGGCGUUUCGUUCUCUCUCCACACGUGAGAAAAUAUCCGGUACCGAUCAGCCACCGAAUUACUUUCCUAUGAAGCUUUAUCAGACGGCGGUUACUGGAAAUGGAGCUUUGGAGUAUGAAUUAACGGUUGACGCGAAAUUGGAUUAUUUAUUGUGGUUCCAUUUUGCUGAGAUUGACUCUACUGUGACUAAAAAGGGGCAGAGAGUGUUUGAUGUUGUUGUUAAUGAUAAAAAUGCCAGUAGAGUUGAUAUUUUUGCGGCGGUUGGAAGUUUUGCUGCGUAUAGUUUUAGUUAUGCGGUGCGUAAUUUGAGUAAUGGUGCCUUGACUGUGAAGAUUGUUCCGCAUAUUGGAGCACCGCUGAUCAGUGGAAUUGAAAAUUAUGCUUUGGUUCCAAAUGACAUAUCUACAGCUCCUGACCAAGUUGCUGCAAUGAGAGCAUUAAAAGAGUCGCUUCGGGUUCCUGAUAGAAUGGGUUGGAAUGGUGAUCCUUGUGCUCCUACUAAUUGGGAUGCUUGGGAAGGAGUUACUUGUCAUCCUAACAAAAAUGGAACUGCCCUUGUCAUUUCUCAAAUAGAUCUUGGAAGCCAAGGAUUGAAAGGGUACAUUAAUGAUCAGAUUAGUCAAUUGUCAAACUUGGUAAGCUUGAAUUUGAGUUCUAAUUCUUUGGGAGGUAUGCUUCCACCAGGGCUAGGUCAUAAAUCGCUAAUGCGACUGGAUUUAUCAAACAACCAGUUCUCUGGUCCUAUACCAGAAAGUCUAGCAUCUUCAAGUCUACAGCUUGUGUUACUGCAUAAUAACUUAUUGGAAGGGCGAGUGCAAGAGGAGCUUUAUUCAAUUGGUUUGCAUGGUGGAACUAUCGAUCUCUCCGGUAACAAAGGUCUAUGCGGUGUCCCCUCUUUGCCACAGUGCUCAUUAUUUUGGGAAAAUGGGCAUUUGUCCACUGGUGGUAAAGUUGGAAUAGCCCUAUCCUCGAUUUUAGUCAUCUCUGUGCUUCUGAUAGUGGUAUACAUAUAUAUCAAGAGAAGUAGGAAUGAUUAUGACUUUGCUCCCCCUCACGAUUUAAUGUCAAUGGCUGCAAAGAGAAACAGAUACCAGAGACAGAAGUCAUUGAUGCUUCUAGAAAUGGAGAGCCAACAUGCAAAAGGAUUGUCAUCACCUUAUGGUCCCCAUUAACAGUCGUCUUGGGAAGUAUAAGUACUGAUCUUGAUAGUCUUGAGAGCACCAAGAGGACAUACAGAGAGGGACACAUAAAAUGUGACUAAUACAAAAUGCACAGAUAGGAUGUGAGCCGCAUACUGCUUCAGAAAGAUGACUUAAUGGGUUUGGAAUCUUUUUGACAACUAAAACAUAGAUGGGGUCUUUGAGAAGUCACACUGUCUAUAAAAAUGCAAUGUAUCUGAUUUUUAUUCUCACUGACAGAAACAGGAUAAGCCUCCUUAAUGUAUCAUACCCAUUUUGCGGCAUUCUAUGAAUAUAUUCUGCGAAUUCAUCUUUCAA